UGUGUGUGUGUGUGUUCCUUCAUUCGGGUUUCGUGUGUGUGUGUGUUCUCCAGAUCUCAGAGGCUGUGAGACCCUUUCCUACCGGGUGGUGAUGGCUGGUUAGAGCAGGGGUCUGCCAUAUUCCUUCCAGAAUCAAACACAGCUAGGUGCUAUGCUCAGCGCACUGAAAAGUGAUUAUCGCAUCUGUGUGCAGAACUGGAGGAUGGACUCAGACAAGUUCUGGAAGAGAUGAAAGCUUUAUAUGAACAAAACCAGUCUGACGUGAAUGAAGCUAAGUCAGCUGGGCGAAGUGAUUUGAUACCAACCAUCAAAUUUCGACACUGUUCUUUGUUGAGAAAUCGACGCUGCACUAUAGCAUACCUGUAUGACCGCUUGCUUCGGAUCAGAGCGCUCAGGUGGGAAUACGGCAGCGUCUUGCCAAGUUCAUUGCGAUUUCACAUGUCUUCUGAAGAAAUGGAGUGGUUCAACCAAUAUAAAAAGUCUCUUGCUACUUAUAUGAGGUCAUUGGGAGGAGAAGAAGGUUUGGACAUUACACAAGAUAUGAAACCUCCAAAAAGCCUAUAUAUUGAAGUUCGGUGUCUAAAAGACUAUGGAGAAUUUGAAGUUGAUGAUGGCACUUCAGUCUUACUAAAAAAAAAUAGCCAGCACUUUUUACCUCGGUGGAAGUGUGAACAGCUGAUCAGACAAGGCGUUCUGGAGCAUAUCCUGUCGUGAUUGCACCAAGGCACUGCCAGACUUGGCCUAACUCACAGAAUCAUCUACACUCGCCUUCUCCACCCUCCCUCUCCCUGUUUGAGUUUAAAAGUGACAGUUUUUAAGAUAACCAGAAUACUUGGCUAAGUUUACUUGCUAAGUAUUAAGGACUUUUUAAAAGUGUGAUAUGCUAUUCUUCUUACUCCUUUUUGUAUAUAAACUGUAUCUAGAAUUAUAACAUUCCUACAUCCUACAGUUACUACAAUGUAUUUUUAAAUGCGAGUAAACAUUAUUGUAUCUGAAUCUUUUAAAUAAUGAGAGUCAUGUGGCUGUACAGGAAGACGGUAGAUUCUUGCAUCUUGUAUUGUUUUUGGUCCUGCAUAUUGAUUGCAUAAGCCAAGGGGCCAGAUUUCUGGAAUACAUGGUUCGAAAUCACAUGGGCAGGUGAAGAUGAUGGUCUAUAGAAAAUUUCACUUUAUUUAAUGUUUAGUGACAUAGUAAACUUGUAUUUGGGAAGGAAUGACAUGAUGGAUUUUGCCCAUUUUCAGCAUGGUGACUGGUUUGGUUCAAGACUGUGGGGGUAGUAGGAAUAUCACUAUUUGGAAAGGGACAUGGACACUGAGGCUAGAGGGGGAACUUGGUACAGUUUUCCCCAAGACGUCAUUGACUGAAAAAUCACAUGAAGCCUUGGUUGACUGAGUGGAGGGCAGUUCUUACUGUCUACUGGACUGUGAGUAGUAGGAGUCAGAGAGGCCUGACCUCAUCUAGCCCUGUAGUCAGUGGCCUCUCCCACCAGUCCUCUCCAAGACUAGCUGGCCAUGUCAUCUUAAAGAGCAUUCUGACUUACAAGUUCAGAUAAACCAGUUCCUGGCA